AUGAAUGCCAUUGUGACUAGGAGUGCAAAGAUUCUAGGUGAUGGUGUUAGAGCCAGUAAUGUCCCCGAGUCAAAAAGGGAAGAACAAAAAGGGGUUGUUGAGUCAAAUGAUGAUGAUGUGAUAGAAGAGGAGCCUCACGUUGAUGACGUGAGUGAUGUUCCGAAGCCAACGGAGGCUACUCUUUUACCUCUCCCCACUCCUAAACUUCCCUACCCCCAAAGGUUUAUGAGACACAAAUUGGAUGUUCAAUUCUCAAAGUUCCUUGAAGUUCUUAGGAAGUUACAUGUUUCCAUUCCCUUUACGGAUGCCUUGAAACAAAUGCCUACCUACUCUAGAUUUCUUAAGGAAAUUUUGAGUGGGAAGAGAGAUUGCGACGUAAAGGAAACGGUCAAUUUAACCGAGAAUUGUAGUGCCACUAUUCUCAAUCAAAUGCCUCCAAAACUCAAGGAUCCGGACCGAUCGGUCAAAUAUCCUAUUGGAAAGGUUGAGGAUGUACCAUUGAGGGUAGUAAAGUUCAUUAUCAUCCCCGUCGACUUCGUUGUGCUUGAUAUUGAUGAGGACUCUCAUGUCCCUAUUAUUCUUGGUAGGCCGUUCGUGGUCACGGCGGGGGCCAUCAUUGAUGUGAAACAAGGGGUAAUCACCUUGAAGAUGGGAAAGGAUAGUCUUACUUUUGAUUUGACUCAUACUAUGCACUAUCCUAGCUCACCUAGUGAAAAUUGUUUCUUUGUUGACUCCCUUGAUCCCCUUGUACAUGACAUGCAUGAGCACUUUCUCAUUAAUAACGAUCCUCUUGAGCUUGUUAUCUUGAAUAGGGAAGGUUUAGGGAAUAUAGGGGUUGAAGCGGCCACAUACAAGGAGCAAUUAAACUCUACCCCACUUGAUAACCAACCCGGGGAAUGUUGUCUUUUGCUUGACCGGGAGGAUGUUCUUGAUGACCUAAAGCAACGAGAUGGUAAGGAAGCUCCCAAGGUUGAGCUCAAAGCUCUACCUUUGAGCUAG